AUGUUUGAUAAGAGGCAAAAGAAGGGUGAGAUUGGUGAGGCUGAGCUGGUGGGACAAAGUAAGAAAAUGUGGGUGCUAGCUGACUUGGGUAUGCUGAUGCUGGUUUAUCGAGGAAAAGUCACAAUUCGCAAUGAACCACGAAAAACGCUGCUUUCCACGCGUUUCUUCAUCCGAGAGAAAAAUUCGAAGCACGCUGGGACUGUUUAUGCUCCACACGAAUUGAUUGAAGACGAAAAAGAGCGUAACGGAAAGCUACCUACGCGAGAUCGAAAGCGGUUGAACAGUACCUCUAGUUUGGUGCUAUCAAAAAGAAAGACGCAAAAGGGACGUGUAGCGUUGGUCAAGACAUGUAAGGUUGAGGAGUCCCCGAAGUCGCCCGAAGAAAUCGUGAACAAAAGCCCUGCACGUAAAAAAGUGAACCGAAAGCCUUUGAAGGUGGAACAGGAGAGUGUUGUGGUGACGAGUAAAGAGGAGUUGAAGUCACCACGAUUACUGGGAAAGGAACGCCGUGUGUUCAAACAUUUGGUAAGUGAAGACGACGACACAUCUCCUUCGACAUCGGGAGAACAAAUGCAGACACGCAGUUCUCAAAAUCGAAAAGAAGAAGAAACUACUUCUACAAAGGCUGUUACUCCAAUAAAGAGAACCACUAGAAACACAACACCGUUGAAGCGUACUAGCGCUAAUGAAGAUGCUCUGCCUUUGGAAAAUGGCGAUGCUAAGGUAGCUCUUCUUUUUGAUUUUCCCAGCUUCUUCUUUUAAUG